GCAUCGGAGAGUUGACCAUGUAAUUUGUUUUGCUAAUAGGAGCAUAAAACAACUUUGUGUAUCUUGUUCUUUUAUAAGGUUUCUAUAAGUUCAUUUUAAUCCGACUUCAACAUGGAGAUGUUUGGUGAAGUUCAAGGGAAAUACAUAUACCCAAGAGAAAUGACAGAAUGCAAAGAAGCAGCGGAGGAAAUAAUGAAAAAAAGACCAAUAGUAUCUUUUAGAAUUUUUCUUAAUGAUAUCGAUGAAUUUAUUCCGCAAGAGUUAGCGAAGGUUUUUGUUCUUGAAAAAUUUCAAGAAAGAAAUAUCCCAGCUCAUGAAACAUCUUCUUCUUCAUCCGAUGAAGAGGAUAUUAAAUCAUCACAACGCUCUUCUCGGAAAAAGUCAAUAAAAAGCCAGCGAUCGAAAAGUGGUGAUUCUAAAGGCACUAUGAAAGAAGGCAGUGCAAAAAAUAGUGAAAAGAGUGAACCCAGUGAACCAGAGAGCAGCAAGGGGGCAAGUAGUGGUGAAAGAAGAAAAAGUAAAAAGGCAAGCACCAGGAGGGCGAGCAGCAAGAAGGGAAGCAUCAGGAAGGCAAGCAGCAGGAGGGCGAGUAGUAAAAAGGGCGCUAGCAGAAGAGCAAGCAGCAGAAGAGCAAGCAGCAGAAGAGCAAGCAGCAGAAGAGCGAGCAGCAGAAGAGCGAGCAGCAAAACCUCUCGAAAAAGGAAAAAAAAGAGUCCUCCGAUUGGCCAGAAGCAAGUUGUUUUGACCAAGAGGCAAGUUGGAAAAGUAUUCCAGAAGCUAUGGCCUAUCCAUGUUCUUCAUAGGCCGAAAUGCCAUAAGAGAUAUGAUUGGUUGGUCGAUUAUGCACAUCUCGAAGAAAAGAGAUUGACUGCACAGCAAAUCCUACCGUUCGAUGUAGAAAAAGCAAAGGCAUUAAGAAAUAAAGGCUACGUAUUUUCUGAAGAGCUGAAAACUUGUCUGAAAAAAAAGUUCUGGUAUUAUACCAGGUACAUGCCACAGCCACCACAAAUCACUGCACCUUUGGUCCUAGAAGAAGAGAAAUUACCCGAGAAGAAAACUCCUGUUGAACUGAUUGUGAAUAAAAAAAUUCAGGAGUACUUAAAUGAACCGAUAAAAAAUAAACCAAUAGAAUUCUAUCAAAAAGAUUUGGCUGUUGUAGAACCAUCUUAUGAAAUUUAUGCUUCGAUGAGUAUCAAAAAUAGAAAAAACUUGGAGAAACUUAAACCAGAAGUGAGAAAAAUAAUAAAAUAUCUAUGUCCUGACCCAACAAAUCCAAUGGAAUUCAAAGACCACAUAUACACCUGUACAACAUUUAUAUUUGACAUCACCAGGGAAGAUGCCGAUAUAGAUGAAGCAAAAGCCGUUCUAGAUUUGCUUACUUCAACAUUGUCCACGACGAAUCAAGCAUACAGAGAGAAAAUACAAUCUUUCUUUGGUAUACACACAUACUUUCUAAUUUCACCAGUACUUACCUGGGGGGAGAGUAAGGACCUGAAAAAACUUGCUGUUGAAAAUGUUGUCAGAGAAGAAUAUUUCCCUAAACGGCUACCACAUCCAAGAUAUAAAAAACACUACGACUUUGAAAAUUACGUCCACGAUAAAUCUUAUCAAUAUAGAGACAUCAUGAGAAUUUUGAUCAUUGGAGUUGGUUUGGUAUACGGACCAGGAGGAGGACAUCUUAACAGCUACAUUGACCUUGCAAGGGAAAAUAAAACUUUUCUGCCAAUAUUUGGCCCUGGAAAAAACCUUAUUAAUACAUUUCAUUCGGCCGAACUUGCAAGACUGAUUUUAUAUUUGCUGCGCAACUUUCCUUACUUCACACCAUACAUAGUGGCAGCUGAAAAGAAGCCAGUGACACAAAAGCAAAUAUUGGAAGUCAUGGGGAAAAGUAUUGCGGAAAAUUAUACAAAAAUUGUUCCAUUUUGCUUUAAUAAAACCUUUGGUAUACCGCAAAGUGCGUUGGAUAUUAUGUCAAGCGAAUGUUACAUCUAUCCUUCCUACCUGACGGGUGCCUCUGGGUGGGUUGACAAUACUGGCUUUAUGCACGAAGGCGGUUGUUCAAUGGUUAAUUACAUCGAGAAUGGAAGCGCAAAGCCGUUGAGGAUAGUCAUUUUUGGGCCAUUUUCACUCGACCAGACGAAAAUAUCAAUGGACUUAUCAAAGCAUUAUCGCAUAACGUACAUAAAUCCUUCGAAAGCUGUCUUUAUCCUUUUGAAACUUGUAAUGAGGAUGCAGGAUAUAGUAUUGGCUUUAGGUGAUACAAGGAAGCCGUUUGAAGAUAAAUUUCGAUACACAAUGGGUAAAAACAAAAUGAACAGAUUUAAUGUUCUAAGACUCUUGGCAUGGCAAAGAGAAUUCAGAAGGUACCUGCUUAGAAACAAAUCUUUAUACCCUUUAAGAAGUCAAAGCUACAACUUUAAUCUUAAAUUGCACGAAUACUUGUCCGAGACGCAGACGGGUGAGCCAGAAAAAAUGAAAGGGCCCGAAAGUUUGUUGUACGAUGCAAAAAGUGUUUUACUGCGAUAUGAAAAAAUUAUAAAAUCCUCUCCGGGAACGUUGAUCCCAGCUAGACUUGAAGUUGUUGCUGAAAUAGUUCAUGAACUUUUGCAACAUCCGAUUUUAAAAUUUACCGGUUACAUACUCGACGGUGUUCCUGCUACGGAAGUGGAAGCAGAAAUAAUUUUUACAAGAACACAAGGACUUGGUGGUACUGAUGAAAAGCCACCUGAAUCAAAAGAUAAAGACCUGAAAAAACAAGGAGGAGACAAAGAGAAGCCUGAAAAAGAAAAAGUUAUAGAAUCAAAAUUUGCUGGCCAUUAUGAACGAUUGCCAAAUUAUGUGUUCCACACUGCUAAAAAGUCUUCUGCAUGCAUGAAGGAUUGUGUCACAAAACAGGCAAAAAGUUUUCAAAGAGAGUACAUGGAUAAAUUUCAGCACUUGGAAUUUUAUAAGCAUAAUAUUGUGAAGAUAAAGUCUACUUUGGAUUUUUUCACUGCCAAUACAUCAAUAUUACCGAUUACUUUUGAUACAAGCAGAGAAUCAGUCUCACAAAUUCUGAAACAUAUUUAUUUCCUUCUUGGAAAACCAGAAGAUUAUGGGGGCAAAUAUAAUCACCAAGGAAUCUUUCAUGCACCUACACCAGGGAUAGAAGAACCCGCACUUAGAAAAUCUAGUAAAGUGGAUAUCAAAGAAAAUAAUAUACAAUUUGAGGAUGACCCAUUUUCCAAGGAGGUGUUUUCAGAAAUGAAAGAAUUGGCUGACAAGUGUCUUCCUUAUGGCUAUUUCCUCAAUAGGUUCCUUUUCAGCAACAUAACAGAUGCUCUGAUACAGACAGCGACUGAAAAUCCACAUGAUCCAAUUGAUUUUUUUAGUGAGCACUUGUUCAAGCACAACAUUGGAGGGAAAAUGCCCCAUCAAAAGAUAUUACCGCCACUACAAAGAUCUAACUUAGACACAUAUCCGUUUAAUAUUCCCAAACACGACAAAGAGUAUAGCACUCACUUAUAAAUGAGUGUUACAAAAAAAAAUGAAUCUAGGAUCAAAACACUUGCCAAAAGCUAUUCCACUGACUCCUUGCAAUAAUAAAAGGAAUGCUGUUGUAAAAGGGUCUCCUAUAAAUGGGCUUUCAAAAAUGUAAUAGAGGACUGUCAUAGCAAUUGACAUUUGAAAAGUAAGAAUUAUUAUCUGAAUUACUGUGUGAGAUAUAAACACUUCAGUCAAUGUUAUUCCUGCAAAUAAAAUUUCUCUGUUCAUUAUCA